GUCGCGGAUCCAACGUCUUGUCUCCCCAAGCACUCAACAUACCCAUCAUGAGCGAUAUUUUAUCUAAGGAUAUUAUGCAAACAGAAGCUAAUGCCUACAAUUCUGACAAUAGUGAUGAAUCCGAAAGCGACGUCGCCAUAACCUGGUAUCCCGGUGAUGGGAUCUGUCCACCAACGGCACGGUUCAACGACUGCUGUCAGUCAAAAUAUAUCGAGUGGAAGGAAGCUUUUGGCCAUCAAGAUCAAUGUCCUUUAAUUUCCCAAACAAGGGCUUUUUUUGGUCUUCUCAAAAAUGUCCCUUUGUUCCUUCACGAGCCCCCCAAACACCUCAAAAUUCUUGGCAGACCGAAGUCCUUUCUGACCCUGAGGUCUUCCUUGUGCAUUCGCACGACAGACCACCCGAGCUGCACUCAACCUGAGAAAUCAAUAGAUUUUCUCCAGUGCCUUGGAUCGCCAAAACCUGUCACUUACAAGACGGCCGAGACUCGUUUCCACGAGAUUUCCUUUGCUGGCCAUACUCUCCGCUCUGGGUACUUCACAAGCAUUGUUUUAGCCUGGUCCUAUAUUAUCUCCUGUCGCUGGGUGGAGAUACUGCAACAGGCCGGCGAGGAUAAAGAUUCUUUCUGGCCGAUUGUCACCGAAGGUCGUUGGAAGGCCCUUGUAAAAAGACCAGAUGGCACUUUUCAUUCACCAUGGAUGUUGAGAAAGGAGGGAACCAAAGGGAAGCAAACAAACUGGACACUUGUCUCGCCAAACUCAUCCCUUGCUUUUGAUAUCCUUCUAAGCUCCUGUGUCUUAGAGGGUCUUGAAGCCGAAUGUAUCGUCGGCCUUGCUUCUGUCUUAAUCCUGAUAUCACGGCACAUGCCGCCGCCAACAUUUGCGCCUCCAGUAUCGAUUCCAACCUCUCCUAUUCUCCCCUCAAGCAUGCCUAGCAUAUUCACUGAGCUUUUCCAGUCGAUCGAUAAAUGCAUUUUUCUAAGCUCUACACAAGACGCACUAGACUCGCUGCUUUGCAGUGCAUUUUUUGACCCCUCUAUUCCCUGCAACUUGUUAGGGGCCGCAUCUCUAGGAAUAACAAAAGCACUUUCAGCCCCUAAUGCGGACUCGAUUGAUUACCAGCAGCUGCUCAAUGCAGUUACAUCUAAAAGCCCACAUCUGAGCAUCCUAUGGGCCGCUGCGAUAUGUAACGACCAGGCAAAUUCGCUCCUGAAUAUGGCGGUUUCUCGUGCAAAUGAAUUCCAAACUUCCUAUUUUAUUCGACCAAAUAUAUCAGUGCCAUGGUCGCCAGCGCCUCCGUUUGGCGUGACUCCGGUCCAAAACUGCAGUCUUGAAGUGAGAGCGCAUCUUGCACAUCAGCACAGGCCGAUUUCAUGGAAUAUAUAUUGGAUCCUGGAUUCUGGGGAAAGGAUACUGGCAGGUGAAAAUCACCCAGCUGCUGCUAUUCAGGUUCAUAAUAUGUGUGGCCCAGGUCCCUUAGACCAAGUUAAUGAACUACAUUUUGCGAAUCGAGAUGCCGCCGAUGAACAGUCCGAAGUUGCUACAUCGCGCUUGUUCAAUUGGCAUAGAGACUAUGAUGAUGGGAUCUGGCUUGACGACGGCAGUGGGGACAUUGGACUCAUUCGUAGACUGCAGGCACAUGCGUGGAUUAGCGAUCCAUUUGGGGAUAGUAUUGGGGAUGAGCCGGUUGAAGAGCCAACGCACCGUGAGCUCUGUACUGAGAGUGUAUUGCGAUGGAUUAGCGAUGUUGAGAAAUCCCAGUAGCCAAGAAAUCAUUCCGCUCGAUGCCAAGACACCGAAGACCGAGA